AUGACAUUUGUUUUUGAAACGCUGAAUAUGGUAAUUGAAGCCAGUGACAAGGACAAACUCGAUGAAGUAGAUGUAAUUCUUGCCGCAGAAGAUGGACAAAUCAAACGCUCACGAGAUCCAAAGAUGUGUCAUCACAAUGCACGGCAGAAAUGCGCCCAUUGUCUGCCAAUAGACCCAUACGAUGAAGAAUAUCUCAAAUCUAAGGAUAUCAAACAUAUGUCGUUCCAUGCACAUGUUAGAAAGCUGACAUCAGGACAUGGUAAAGGCUCUCAGUUGAAGCGCCCCUUAGAAAAUAUACGGUGUUCAAUAAACUUGAAUUGUCCAGCGCAUAAGCCAUACCCGCUAGGAGUUUGUACGAAAUGUAAACCACCAGUAAUGACUUUGAAUCGACAGAAAUAUCGACAUGUUGACAACAUAUUCUUCGAAAAUCAAGACCUUGUUAAUGAUUUUCUAAACUUCUGGAGAACAACCGGGAACCAGCGCGUUGGUUUUCUGAUUGGAAAAUAUCAACCUUUUGCGGAUGUGCCUCUUGGUAUAAAAGCUACGGUGGCGGCAAUCUAUGAACCGCCGCAAACCUCUAGUCCCGAUGGUGUGGAAUUGAGCGUUGAUCCGAAUGAAAAGGCAGUUGAUCAACUAUGUGGCUGGUUAGGUCUGAGACGCGUUGGUUGGAUUUUUACCGAUCUAUGGUCUGCUGAUCAAGUCAAGGGAACCGUACACUGCACAAGGCAUAAGAAUUCCUUCUUUUUGUCGGCUGAAGAGUGUAUCACUGCCGGUUAUCUGCAAUCUAAGCAUCCCAAUAUCACCGACUACUGCUCCGAUCGACACUUCGGCUCCAAGUUCGUCACAGUAGUUGCUAGUGGUGACGAGCAAGAACAAGUCAACUUCCAUGGCUGGCAGGUAUCGAACCAGUGCACUGCACUAGUUGAAGCGGAACUUCUGUGCCCCACAAAUCAUCCGGAGCUCGCGUAUAUACGAGAUAAGCCCUUGACGGAGACGCAGUACUUGACAGAUGUGCAAUAUACAGAGAAAAAUCAGUACGGUGCUGAAGUGCUGAAGGAUGGACGUCCACUGCCAGUUGAAUUUUUAUUGGUUGAUGUUCCUACUGGAAUGCCCAAAGAGCCACAAUACACUUUCUCGGUUCCAAAAAGUACUCGUUUUGCUAUUGAGAACAGGGAAUCAAUGGGAGAAAUUCAGGGAGGAACAAAUUUGAGUCAGUACUGUUCCGAGUAUUCACUGAACGACUUCCUUGAGCAGGCGACGAAUUUCCACUUCUUGCUGUACCUGAUGACAAAUCAUCUCGUGCAGUUUACGGAGGCUGAAAUUCAUAAAUUGUGUUUUGCUGUCUCUACGCAAGACCGAGAAAUGGCAAUCGAAUGGGCUCGAGAAACGCUCAACUGGCAGCAGCUGGUAGCUGUGUGUCACGAGCAGGGACAUAGUCACGCGUCAGCCUCUACAACAACUUGGUCAUGUAAACACUGCACUUUCGAGAACAGCGAACAACGACCGGAUUGUUCAAUGUGUGGCCUGCCAGCAAAUGCCUGAAUCUGAAAAUCGUAGGUGAGCGCUUCGAAUGUCUGUAACGAACACGAACCUCGGUGUUUCAAUCCCUACUUUUACGCAUGUAAAUUAUGUUCCAUUGUGCAUGUAGAUAGCGAGUGUUUUAAUCGUUGACUACUGGUUUUACCAAUGUAUAUCAUAUGCGAUAUGAAUGUUAGUGCUGUUUUGUUCUUCUUUAUAUCAGCACUUUUUACAAG